AUGAAGUCCUUCUUUACCCUUACAGCUAGCCUUUUGGUGGCUAGCUCCUCACUCGUUGCUGCUUUCCCCAGCCCAGGCUUCAUCAACAAAAACACCCUCCCUAGCAACCACUCCACAGACGUCAAGGAGUACAUUGUCACUUGGUGGCGUAACGAGACUGUGCCCGAGCCCAUUGAGAGGUACAUGGAUGCCCUUGAGCUCAACAAGAAUGGCGAUGCAAUUCUUUUCGAGUCGAGCCCAGGCGUCAACCCCCGUGUUGUUGUUCUCAAGAUGUGUGACGAGCAUGCUGCCAUCUUUAAGAGCAUGGCUGAGAUCAAUGUUGUCGAGGAAAAGGCAGAGGUCAAGUCGUUUGUCGAGCAGCGUGAGGGCUCCCCAUGGGGUCUGGAGCGUAUCUCUAGCGCCUCUGGCCCCUCGGGCUCUCCCCAAGGCCAAGACUUUACCUACUCUUUCAACGACUCGACUCUCGGUGCUGGUGUCGAUAUCUACGUCAUUGACACUGGUGUGCGAACUUCCCACGCUGUCUUCACUGGUCGUGCUAUCCAGGGUUUCACUGCUACCGGUUCCUUUGUCGACGGUGACGGUCACGGCACUCACGUUGCUGGUACUGCUGGUGGCGCCAAGUUUGGUGUUGCCCAGGGCGCCAACAUCAUCGAAGUCAAGGUCCUCGGAGACGAUGGAUCUGGCGCUUCUUCCGACACCAUCAGGGGUAUGGAUUGGGUCGUUGCCAGGCACAACAAGCGCAAGACUGAGCCCGGCUUCAUCGGUUCCAUUAUGAGCAUGUCAUGGGGUCUCCAGGGCUUUGCCAACUCCGUCGACGAAGUCAUUACCGGUGCCUCCGAGGCUGGCAUUCACGUCUCCGUUGCCGCUGGAAACGACGGACAAGACGCCUGCGGUAGCACACCCGCCCAUCUCGGCGGCGCAAACUCCAACGUCGUAACCGUCGGCUCCGUCAACAUUAAGAACGAAGUCUCCAGCUUCUCCAACAACGGUCGUUGCGUCGACAUCUACGCCCCCGGCGAGCAAAUCCUCAGCUCCUGGUCCACCGGCGACAACGUCAUCAACUUCCUCUCGGGUACCUCGAUGGCCUGCCCCCACACCACUGGUGUCAUGGCCGUCCUCAUGACCCAAGACGUUGCAGGCCUCGGCCAGAACCCCGCCGCCCUCAAGGCCAAGCUCCUCGCUACCGCCCGCAAGAACGACAUCUCGGGUAACCUCGCCGGUAGCCCUAACCUGCUCCUCAGCAACGGCGUCAACGGAAACGUCGCCCAGCGCCUCGUCAAGAACUACGUUGUCCCCGACCACAGCGGCCUCAACGGCAGCCCUGCUGCUCGCGCCGCCGCCCGCAUGGCAGAGGCCGCGCCCAUCGACAAGCGCUUCGAGCUCCACUCGCGCGAUGUCCAGCUCCGUUUUUAA